AUGCCUUCUAUUGUGCAGAAUCCCGAACAAAUGGACAACUUGGAGAGCCGAGGUGGACCACAGGGCGAGCUUUUCGACCACGAGAACCACGAAGGUUAUUCACCCUGCGAGUGGAUUCUCUUCAUUUUCUGCAUUCUCUUCUUCAUCAUCCUCUCGCCGUUACUCAUCUUCACCCAGUUGCGCGUCAUCAAGGCUUAUGAGCGCGGCAUUCUACUGCGGUUCGGCAAGCUGAAGGGUCGCGGUAAAAAAGCGGUCAUAGGUCCCGGCAUCACCAUCAUUGUGCCCUUCAUCGACAGCCUGAUGAGGGCCGAUCUUCGUCUGCGAACGGUCAACAUUCCGCCUCAAGAGGUGUUGACUAGCGACGCAGUCACGGUCAACGUGGACGCAGUCGUCUACUUGCGGAUCACUGACCCUGCAGCUUCUCUGCUUCGUGUCAAGGACGUCGAGCGGUCAGCGGAACUGUUGGCGGUGAGCACGUUGCGGAAUGUGAUCGGCACCCAGUCGCUCAACGAGUUGUUGACGGGCCGCGAACUCGUCGACAAGUCGCUCAGUUCCAUCCUCGACACUGCCACCGAGCCCUGGGGCGUCAAGGUGAGUUCAGAGCCUGAGAUAGAGAAGUAG